GGAGAUCACUCUAAUUUUAUGUGCAGACCAAAGCGUUCGUUGGUCGCGGCAGCUCUGUGGGUCGGACAGUGCAGCCUAGCCUAACAAUGGCGGUCAGUCUCAUCAAAAAGCUUUCUACACGAGAGUUGACUGGCCGUUUUGCACUACGCCGAUGUGAUGUACCAUGGAAACCAUUCACAAAAAUACCUGGACGCAUGUGCUAUCGCUUGAGAUACCUUGUACCUUCCUGCAUUCUGGAAGAAGGCUAUGUGUUUCUGGGCUUCAGCAAGUCUGGUCACUUUGUGCUGUCGUAUUCUCUACAAAUUGGUGCUGAUGAACAUUCAGCCUACCCAGAUCACGUGUACAGACUGCAGUGGUGGCUGUUCAUUCCAUGCAAGAGGCUGCAACUGGUGUCUGAAGUUCGAUUGUUUGGAGAGGAAAAUAUCUUUCACUCACUUUUUAUUGCUUAUUGUGAAUGGCCUGAAGACAGAACUAAAAUUACUAUCUAUGGUCAUAGCACCCCUCCGGCUGGGGAAGACGGUUGCCAGUGUUACCUGACUGUGACAGCUGUGCCCUCCCUUGGGGAGUGUCAUGACUGCCAGGUGCUUUCUCAUGCUUUGCCCCAGGUGCCCUCCGUCCAGCAGUGCCUUCGACACAGCUUCUGCGUGCACUCCAAGUUUGAAUUGGCACCGCCCUUUCCGUUCUUCUCCCCAAGAGUCCAGCUCCGUGUAGAUGGAAUUGCUGUCCUGAACACCGGCGAUUCCAUUGUGGCCAUACAGGUGGACACACAAUUACCUCUGAACAGUUUUGACACAGAAGGUCGCCUAGCUAUGGAGGAAGAUGAAGCCCAAUCUGGAGCUGGCCUGGACAAGAUCAUUCUUGGCUCUGACCUGUCCAUUUUUGGCACAGUGAGUACUUACUUCACAGAGCAGGAGGACCCAGGCCAAGAGCUGAGCCCAAAACAAAGGAACAAUCCAGACUCGCCUCUGCUCAUAGAAGAGGAAGAGGAGAACUUCUAUUCUGCGGAUAUUUCUGAGCUAAGUGACACAGAUCAAAGUGAAUCAAAAUCAACCAAGUCGAGCUGUGACCGCUCGCGUGCACCGUGUGAAAAGUGUGUGAUGGCAGUUUCCACCACUGCCAACAAUACGUCACGGCCCGGCUCGAACUGCGGCUGCUCCGCACUGGCCAGUCACCGGCCGGCUCUAAGAACUAAGAAUUUCAGUAACAGUAACAACGAAAGUACUGCUCCUCCGCUGAAAACUGGGUCCAGUCAUUUCCAUGCUAGUCAUGAAUGUCUUUCUCCAAAGUCGCCCAAAUCCCCAAAGAGUUCGGGUCUGUCGGACGCGGCUGGUCGUGUGUCCCACAUGCUUGGGCAGACAAACUCUUCCCUCAACCUCAAUCUGCUGCCCUCGACCCCACUCAACGAACGCUCUCAGGAUACGGCUCAUUCAUCAGAAAAUAUCAUGUCACCGCCUCCACCACUGCUUCAGGUUCAAAGUCCUAGUGUGGACGUGGGCAGCAGUCGUAGCCAGGGAGACGCAGAUGACCUGGCCUCUGUCAGGCUCUCAUCUCAGAGAUCUUUCUUCUCCCCUAGCAGCAGUGCUGCCUCCGACUGCCAGUCACAGAGCUCGGAGAGUGUAAUUGUUCACACCACACACACCCGCACAGUCACGUUCUCCAUACGACGGUUCUCAACGCAUGAUCAGGAGGUAGAGGAGGAGGAGGAAUCUCCCACGCCUGGGGAAGAUGAUUAUGAUCUGGCCUACAAAAGCAUCUUGCCUGUUCAGGUUGUGUGGAAUAAAAAGCCACUCAAUAUCAUCAGAACUGUACGCAACGACAUGUCUCUGAUAACAGUGUUACAGAUGACCUUUGAUAUUGAGCAUUACAUGGUGGAAGCAAUCCGCCAUGAUGCAGACUGGAGCCAAAGAUAUGUGGCCUUCUGUAACUAUGACUUGCAGAUCUUAGACGUGUGUCCAAGUAGUCAAAGUGUGUAUGGAACUGUGUAUGCCUUGAUCCAAGCCAAAGAAUCUCUAGAACGCAGCAAGCCGAGUCGCACUAUGGUGAAGCUUUAUCAAACUCAGUUCACGUUUGUCUUCAGUUUGUGUACAGGUCUUUAUUCCACACUUUUUAUUGAGCCAUUAACUGAAGUGGAUGAAAAAAUACUCAGGGGACGUGACUGGAGCUCUCCUGGGAGUAAAGAAUGCUGUUUGCUGCGCAGAAAAGCUGCUGUCCCUCAGUCCUUUUACAACAGUGUCCACGUUCUUUCCAAUGAGUCUGUUUUUAAAGAUAAAUCCCUGUCGAUGCUGAUUUCACCAUAUCUCUACACUGCCAUCAUGCUCUAGCGUUGCCAGGGCUCAGUAUUGGUGCUGACCUAUUUUUCAUGACACCUCCUUGCAGUACAUAAGAAUGAGUAGGAAGGAGCGAAUCAACUUGAAAGUGUUGGGGAAAUGAUGACAGAUCUCCUGCUAAUUUGUUAUAAUUCCAUGCUCUGGCUGUUGUUAAGUUUAGUGCAUACAGCAGAUGCCUGAAGACAGUGCACGUGGCAAUGUCGCUGGACACCUACUGUCAUUUCCAAAGAUGUAGCAGUCUGCAAAUUUUGGUGCACUUACCAGCAAACUGACUUUGGGAGAUAAGUACUCUUCAGUUCUGUGUCUGUUUGUGUUUAACUUUUGACCUAUUUACCGAUCUUUGGAUUUCAUCUGUGCAAUGGUCUGUGCCAUGGGGUUACUCAUUUUUGUGACAAAAGGUCUCAGUCUCAGUGAAAUUAUUUGAGUGUUCAAAUUCGGAGUUGGAGAUACAGAGGAAAGUAUUGUUGUUUUUAUCAUUAAGAUUAAAGCAGUUGUGAAUUUCACUGUUGGGUACUUAAUCAAAAUUGAGUUUACUUACUUUGAACAUCAGCAGCUUGGGUGAUAAAAUUUGUCAAAAUCAUUUCUGUGGUUGUAUAAAUUUUGGAUGUGGUCUGUAUGCAUCUCAUAGCCCCAAUUGCAUCAAGAUGGAAGACUGGAUGGAUUUCAAGGUAUACAGAGGACUUUUGACUUCUAUCCUGAGAGGGUUGUUCAUGGGCAAAGAGGCACUCAUGGUGUAAUGCCAAUAUAAAAGCCCAGAUUCUGUGUCAUAAACUGCCAUCGAAUGAGACUGGAACAUAUGAUCUAGUGUGAUGGACUCAUGGUUGCAAAAUUAAUGUCUGGGUAAACAGACAGGAAGAAUGGUUGAAAAAAACUGGAUUACACUAUGAUUAUUGAUUGGUUGAGUUUGAUUGUUUAUGGAUGUAUUGCGAUGGGAUUGGUUCACUUUUAUCGUGUUUGAUUUAAAUUGUAUGUUCGUGGUUGAUCAAGUCUUUAGUUAAGUCUGAUGUACAGAUGUGACGUUUGCACAAUGUUUGAAAUCAGCAGGGAUUUGAAGUUUAGCUGGAAUGCUAUAAGAUUUGAAUGACUUAACCAAUUUUGACUGCUCAGUGUAAGACUGUGCCAUACCUCACUUUUCAAAAUGGCAUAUAGCAGAGUCUUACACCAAGCAACGGUUGAUCUGGGGGAAAUACAAACUCAACUGGCAAUUUUGUUAAGGUCUUGCGUCCUUUCCACAAACUUGAAUGGUUUUUGUGUUGUGAUUGCUGGUGGCAAUGUUGUGAGAUUUUCACAGUCGUCACCUCAACAAAGUCCACCCCUCAGCCUUGUGUUUUAUACGUUUUAAUGAUCGAGGCCAUGCUGGAUUUGGUGCUGUCGAGGUGGUUUACUAUUAUUAUGAUUACUGCUGUUUGGGGAGUCAUUUUACAGUACUUAAUUCCAGCGAUUCUCUUGAAUGUAUUGCGGCGUGUGUGCACUUUCCUAUUGUUUUAUCAAAAUUUUCUUUGUUGAACCAAAGCUUGUGGUGGUAAACUGAUGUUUUAGAAUUAUAAGUAUGGUUUCCAGUUUCUUAUUCUGGUGUUGUCUUUAGGCCAUUCCCAAAAAGGGGGGGGGGACAUUAACAUGUUUUUAUGC